UGCAUAUGUUGAGAUAAACCAACUGUGAAGACUAUAGUCUUGAAUAUUACCAACAAAACAAACAACAGUUCACUCACCUAUAGGGCAACAAAAUACUAUAAAUGCCUUUGCAAAGUUUACAUUAUUUGUUAUAUAUAUGCUGGCCCAAAACACCCCCCCCCCCAAAAAAAAAAAAAAAAAAAAAAAAAAAAAAAAACAAGAUUUGUUCAAAGGACUCAUAAUGAACUCAGGGUCCAAUGUACGGUGUUUAUAUCAACAAAAACAAAUUUGCAUAUUACUGUUAUAGACCUACAUUAUUAUGUCACUGUAGUGCAUGAGAUACGUAAAAGUGGACUUUGGACCAAAAUAAUCAAACCACAAAGAACAUAAAUUAUGAUCAUGUUAACCUGUGGUAUAAUGGUAUCGGUACCUUGUGUUCGUGUACCCCAUUGCUUCGCUAGGUACUGGGUUGCACGGGUUGCACUGUGUGUAUUGUAUGACAGUACUCGGUAAUCAAUGGACAAGGAGUCAAAGUGCAUGAAGAGAACUCGUCUUUCUACACUGCAGACUUUAAACCAUGGAUGAAAAAUGGUGACGAUGACCAUGACAUUGCGUUUGCCCACGGAGCAAUGGGUUUCCCAAACAUCAUCAUCAUAGGGGAUGGAGCAUAUUGGACAGGUUCGAGGUUGAGAACGGCUGGUUGACCAUGUUGUCUCGCAUUGUAGCCUACAUGUUUCGUGGUGUGUUUCCUGCUAUCUUGUUGCUAUCGUGUUGAUAAGUAGAUGUUUCAUCGACCAGCAAUUUCCCCCUGGACACAAAGACAACUAGGCAACACCAGCUCGCCAUAAUACGAGAUGUCUGGCUGAUAUUUUCUGACGACUGCUCUGAUAAUUUCAAUAAAUUCAUCAUCUCACGACAUGGAUUUCAAUUACCGUAAACAUAAAUUAGAUGCGCGACCUGUGUGUAUUAAGUAAAUGUGUUGCCAUGGCUACAGCUUCUUCUCGGUUCGUAUGAUAAGAUUCAAGUCAAAUUGGUACUUUUAGAAUGUGUCUCUUAUACAGUGAUUAUAGCAAUAAACACCGUGGCCUUGAGUAGGCUUUCGAACAGUAUCUGUAAUAAUCUCAAAUGGUUUGGCUUAUUUUGAUAAGAGCAAAAAAAAUAUCUACGGCUAAUGAGCUGAUUGUUGGUGCGUUAUAAUAUUUUCUCUGGAUCACAAAAGAUCGGUUGCCAUGGGACGGAUACGAGCCUUUGAUAUUGCCAUUGACAACAAUGCAUUGUCUCAUGUGGACGGGCUACCAGUCUACAGUCCUGGUAACCAAGUGACGGGUGUUGUCAACCUACAUCUGAAUACGUCAAGAGAUGACGUCAGAGUUAUUACUAUCAGACUGCGAGGGCGAGCUCAAACACGAUGGACCGAGACGUUGACAAGAAAUCGAUCUGGUUCUUUGGCUGAUAACCAGAGGGUGACGUUUACAGGAACUGAAACCUACAUAGAUUAUAACCAAUCACUAUGGCAACAAGAGCAUCCUCAUCAAAAGCUUCUUCAAGGCCUCCAUUCGUUCCCCUUUGAGUUCCGACUUCCCCUCAUCAACCUCCCUUCAGAUUAUGAAGGGGUGAACGGUCACGUAAGAUACCGUCUCAGGUGCGAUAUUGUAGGAGAUUCACCUCUAUCCAAUGCAAAGGUUGGAAGGAAGAUAGCGAUCGCUGGGUGUCCAAUGGAUCUGAACUGUAUACACAAUGCUAUGGUCCCCGUCCACGGUCAGACAGAGUCGCUCCUUAGCUACUGGUGCUGUAUCACUAGUACGGUUACAACUCGGGCAUCGACCGACAAACGAGCGUACAUACCCGGUGAAACGGCGUAUAUUACAGCCAUCGUCCACGGUUCGAGUGGAACUAGAUAUGACGUCAUCAUUAAACUUGUACAGGAAGCAACUUUUCGAGGUACUGGUUCCACGUACAGCUCCUCCGGCGUGACUGUAGAGACUCGAACCAACCGCACAUGCCAACGGUACCGCGUCUUAGCACGAAAGAAGACUAGCGGUGUGUUACAGAGACGAGGGGAGACUACACUUCAACGAGAGCCAAUGAUCAUACCUGAUAACAUGCCGGACACUGGCUUCGAGGGAUGCAGCGUUAUUGAUAUCAACUACUUUAUUACUGUUGCUCCAGUUGUUUCGAGUAUGUUCCGAUCCAAUGACACAGAGAUCAGUCUACCGAUCUCUAUUGGUCGUAUUCCAUUUACGGCACUCCCUUCAUACCUAGCGACAACUUCACACAUUGGUCUUCCUGCAGAGCCUCCACCAAGCUAUGCGACUGCGACGUCUUCCCUUAACGUCACACCCAUCGACCAAUCAAAUAUAAGCUUCGUCAACCAAGGCUACUCUCCUGAAAUUGAGUUGUUGAGACUCAAUUCGUCACGUGAUGAAAACGAACCAAUCAUCUCCAUCCCAGCACCUGUUCCGUCGACGUCAAACAAUCACGUGGCAAACAGUUUUCAUGGUGACACCAACCAAGAUCAGAUCGACGGAAGGUUGUCGAUGACAAUCCAACCAGAGGUCCACGGUGUCGAAAACAUGGCUUUCUCGUCAGACGGUCAAGUGGUCGACAACUCCGAAGUUGGAGAACAGCUGUCGACAAAUGUCGACGAUGAAGACGAAGUGAUUGGAACACUUACUCCACCGGUUAGAUUUUCUUCUCCGGUGAAUACAUUCGGGAAACGUCAAGAAUCCUUAGAAGAUAAUUGGUAUACUGAAGUCACUGCUGCUGGGGUAUCGGAUGACAUGUGGACACAUCGGAUUGGUCAGAGAGACACAAAGUUUCAAAAUAGUGAGCCUGAUGAUACGUAUUUUCUUCCGGCUUAUGACGAUCAGUCAUUUUGCCGAGAGGACGUUUUUAUCGACGACGCCGAUAUCCAGGAGUCAGACCUGCAACCAAUAUUGAGACUCCAGUCCUUCUUCAAACCAAUAGGAGACUCUGUGAUUGAUCAGAGGACGUCCAUAAGCAGAGAAACUCUGUCCCCACCCUCCUCUUGGAAAGAUGACCACUCAUCUGGUUUUGACCAUCAAACAGCAGCAACACCAUCUGACAGUGCAGUGACGGCGUCCAUGACAGCAGAUACUCGGACAUGGAAGGAUUACGUUUUGUUAAGUGAACAGAUCGAAAUGCACCAGGAAAGUUCUAUAGCAGAGGUUCAAUAUUUUGGGGAGGAGGAAGCACAUUUUGAACCAGUCAAACCAAUUAUUGGUCAAAACAACACAUCGGUUGACGCUUCUGCUGCAAGGCACAUCAUGCCGUCAAUUGAGUUUAGCUCAGCGGCAGCUCCAACUCGCCACUCAAUGAGCAGCAGUAAAAACGGUGAGCUAAGCAAUGAAACUCAUAACAAACAACAGCCUAAAAAGAGGCCACCGUCACUUUCAAAAAUAGGUCUGAGAAGCAUAGACCUCGUUCUCGACAACUCCCUGCAACAAUCAAGAACCCCUUCUCCAUAUUUCCAUCCUGAAGAUCAGCGAGAAGCUAAGGAGGAUGUAGCUUCCGUGUCGAGCUUUGGCUCCUACUUGGCAAGCUCUCACACACCCCGGGAAAGUGGACGUAGGGCUACCCCUCGACUCCAAGAACAUACUCGUUCGAAAUCUUAUGACCGGAGUAGAGAUGGCACACUUCCGUCGUAUAAACCACCACGCAGCUUAAAGCACCCCGAAUAUUAUGGGAGUCUGGAUAGACAAAGACGAUCCGGAGGUCAUCCAACAUCACAUGACUCUGUCUCGACACCAGAACGAAGAGGGAGGCCUCGUGAACGACACAAGUCGACUCCAACCUUUGACGUAUCAAACGUUGAUCAUCGACGUCGUAAUGACUCGCACAAAUUCAAACAAGCUGGUUCUAUACCAAAGAUUGACAGACCCAAAACAAACUCGUAUAGAAAGCUCGAGGAUGACAAACCGAGUCCAUCGGCGGAGCGUACAAUGACGCAAGAUUCCGUUACAACAACAAGACAAGCAGGCCUUGGCUUACGCUCAAAUUCAUCUCCGAAAAUAACGAUGGAAUCAUCAACUCGGAAAACUUCACGGAGUCAGUCCGCAGAAAGGGGUAAACAUAAACAGUUUCUAAAUCCAAACAUUGAGAAAUAUCAGACCGGAGGUACAGAGAGAACGUCUUCCCCGCAUGCCAUUGAACGAACUCUUCAAGAUGUAGAUUCAAGUGGUACGCGAGAUAUUGAAACAUCACCUACCACGAGACAUUAUCUGUGGGAUGUCUUGACUGAGACCCCAGCACAAAGUGGUCAGGAUGAUCGUGACAGUAGUGUUCAUUCGCCUUCCGAUAAAAAGCGAUUUGAAACAUUUGUUUGA